AUGUCUGGGAGGAGAAAUCGCCAGCUGUCUUUUAGGCGUAGGAAGCACACCCAGUCCCGCUCUACAAGAGCCGAGCUGCAGUUUCCUGUUAGCCGUGUGGACCGCCUCCUGCGACAGGGUGCCUAUGGCCAGCGCCUGAGCUCGUCGACACCUAUUUUCCUCGCUGGUAUUCUUGAAUACCUGACAGCCAACAUCCUGGAGCUGGCAGGCAAGGAGGCCCACAGCAGCCGCAAGAUACGCAUCACCCCAGAACACGUGCAGAGGGCAGUGGAGAACAACCAGCACCUCAGCCACCUCUUUGAGAAUGAGACCUACCGUCAGAGUGAUCAGAUGCCGCAACCGAAUAAGAAGUGA